AUGGCCCAAGAUCGCGGUCCCUACCGGGUUCCAGACCUCGAUGUCGACGUCGAAGUUGAUCUCAGGAUGAGCGCCGAUAAGUUCAAGGAACUGUUAAAUGAUAUUCAUGUCGACAAGAUCGGAAAGACGACUCUUGAAGAUGUUUACCGAUGUCUCAGGGAUAUCCAAUUCCAACAACAGGAGAAGAAGACCUUGAUGAACCUCAACAGGAUUGAGUUGUUCCUCAUUGGCAUGGACUCAUUCCGAGAAGUCCUAGACGAUAGGCGCAUGAAAGGUGUUGACGGUAUCAUGGCCCUCGUUUGGGGUCCUAUGAGGUUUCUACUUGAGACUCACGGGGCUCCCCUCCAGGACCGGCAUGCCUUCCGUAGCGUAGACUCCGGCUUCGCGGCACCCCAAAACAGCAUCUUGCUCGACAACAACGACUUCCGCCGCAAAUCCAAAAAGUACAUGUCAGAUUACGACGAACUGCGACGAACUUUCAGAGAGGACGAAGCGAAAAGGAAAGAGAAGCAGAAGAAUAAGGUUCUGAAAUGGAUCGCCGCUCCCAUGACGACGCAGGAUCUACACGAGAGCUUCGUCAAGAAGAGAGAACCAUAUCCAGAAACCGGACGCUGGCUUUACACAAGGUAUGACCAGGUGUCGAAUUGGAUGCGCGAGGACAUACCCCAAGACUCCGCUCUUUGGGUCCAUGGUAGGAAAGGCUUGGGCAAGUCUAUUUUGUCGUCACUGGUAGUUACCCGCUUGCAGGAACUCAUCAGGACCCAAUCCAUUCCGAAGGGACAAAUUUGCUACUUCUACUGCCAGGACGCCGACCCCGAGCUGAAUACGUACUUUGGCAUACUCAGGGGCAUCGCCCAUCAACUUGUCUCCGCAGUCGACGUGUCCAACCCCGACUUCGAUGAGUCAAGGGAAGACGAGUGUGACAUUUCGGCUUAUCGUAGCAAGUACAAUGGAUCAAUUCUCCCUCUUUGCGACGACAAAAUCACGAGCAGUGGUGGCUCAACUCUAUCCACCCCGGAGGGAUGUCUUUCACUCAUCGAGGCGUUUUUCGAAGUUAACCCCCGUUUGUACAUCGUCGUAGAUGGCGUGGACGAGUGCGCAAGCCGCGUGGAGAUCCAGCAGACAGUUUCCUUCUUGGUAGCUCAAGUUUCGCGCCUGGAUGAGAUCAACCAAGGGCAGUUGCGGGUGCUAUUCAUGAGUCAACCGAAUCCCGACGUCAAAGCAGCGAUGUCCAAGCCUACUGUUAGUCCGAUUAUCGGCGAGGUUGAACUAAAGGACACCGAUAAUACACAAGACAUACGGACCUUUGUGAAGAGCCGGAUGGAUCCAGCGGAAUUGAACAAGCCACGAAGACACGUGAGGGGAAGGGACAAACCUACCGAAGCUUCAAUAGUAGAAGUUUCUGGGGACAACUUCAAUCUCGAAGAGAGAGACAUAAACCGUAUCGCAGAAGAAGUUUCGUUACAGAGCGAAGGUCUUUUCCUCUACGCAGUCCUCGCUGUGGAAUACCUCUUGAACCAAUGGAGUAAAGGAGAACUCCUUCAAAAGGUUUCACCUCGCAUGCUUCCUGACGGCAUCUCAAGGAUGUACGACAAGGUACUGGAGAGCCUCAAAGAGAAGAUGCUGAACAUGUCUUCGACUCAUUGGGAUAAGACUAAGCUCCUUCUCGGCUGGCUUUCCUGCGCCCAUCGCCCGCUCAAGUGGCACGAGAUACAAGCCAUCCUCGCUUACGACCUUGAGAAGGAUGAGAUCGACUUUAACCUUCGCAUGAUUCGAAGAGAUAAUAUUAACAAACUUCUUGGCUCGCUGGUCGAAGUUCUGCCGGGCGAUGAGAUUCGUCUCAUGCAUUCAACCGUCAAGCAACAUAUCCACGCGAAAUCAGUUCAGUGCGAUCUUGCUAUUCUGUGUUUGCGCUAUCUAUCUCUGCGCUGCUUUGCAGCCGACGACUACAGCGAAGCUGAGCGGCACAACGAUAUUCAUAAGGGUUACUUUUCAUUCCAAGACUAUGCCGUUCCUCAAUGGUACAAGCACAUCAAUACCGUCAUCAGAGAAUGCCAUGAAAUUUUCUCCCCCACCUUCUACCCGGACGCAGGAGUUGAACCGGGUCGCGAUUUCGUUAGAGACCUUGGUUCGGCCUUGAACAGAUUCAUCUCGGCCUAUGAUGCUAAUAUCAAGAAGGAGAUGCACCAAGAGUUCUCACAAGAUGACUUGUCACAAUACAUCAGCUUUCCAUUCUACGCUGAUCUCGUUCGCGUAUGGAAUCACAUCUUUACCCACCAGAAAGCUUCCGUCGACGAACGCAACGAAGUCGGCAUUAGCCGCUUACAGGACGCUCUCACUUCGCACCGCGAGGUCCUGGCAACCAGACACGGUCAUGGUCGGGAGCGACACCAUUGA